GGCGACGACCCUCUACCUCCCAGCGUCUCGUCGCGACGCUCCCCACCAACUUUUUGCGGCUUCAAUCCACUGACCACCAGGGCAUCCCACUGAUUCGUAGGGCCUACCCGCACAUCGACGGACGGAAACAUGCCUCCCAAGAUCAAUCCUGAGGGCGCCGGCUCGGUGUCGAUGGAGGAGUUCAUCAGAACUCGCGACUCCGUCGUCACCGGCCUCACAAAGCUAAACGGGGCCAUCAGCACCCUCAUCAGUGCUUACGUGACGCAUACGAACACGUUGCUGAACUCCUCUGGUCAGGGUGAAGCCAUCCUCGACACGAAUCAGCUCACAGAGUAUCUCUCCGCCGCUGGUCUCGCCGCUCCCAAGGGUGUUCCGGCAGAGGUGCCAACAGGCAAAGACAAGAAGAAGCGCCAAAAGAAGGAGAAGGACCCCAAUGCUCCCAAGCGUCCUCUCACUGCGUUCUUCCUCUUCUCCACACGCGCCAGAGAGCACAUCAAGAACGACCUGGGCGCCAACGCUACUCCAGUAGAGAUCAACAAUGAGAUCUUGAGGCGAUGGAACGACAUGGACGGUGUUCAGAAAGAACGAUGGAAGGGAAUCUACAACCAGAACUACGAGCAAUACAAGCGUGAGGUCGAGGCAUACAAGAUCAAGACGGGCGCGGAUGUGCCCAUCCUGCCCCAGGCUGAUAUAGAUGCCGUUUCCGACCCACAUGCGCCUGCUGCUACCACGGCAGAGGACACUGACGACGACUCUUCUGAUGACGAAUCCGAGGAGGAGCCCGAGCCGCCCAAGGCGCUGAGCCCGCCGCCCAAGAAGGCCGCCGCGAAGAAGGGCAAGAAGGCUGCCGCCGCAGCGGCCGCUCCUCCCGUCGACAGCCCUUCCCCGUCCGCUCAGCUCCAAGCGCCCGCCAGCGCUCCCAAGUCUUCCAUCGCCAUCCCCUUGCCGUCAGCGGCCGAGAAGCGCAGGAAGAACAAGGAGGACAGUCCGGAGCAGCCCAAGAAGAAAAAGUCGCGCAAGAGCGAUACUGCUGCGGCGCCUGCCGCCCCAGCUGCGGAGAAAAAGAAGUCCAAGAAGUCCAAGAAGGGAGACGCCUAAAGUCGGUCCCUUUCUCGUCCUUGAAACGUGAUGGCACUAGGAUGGGCAGGCCAUUCUGAACGGUUAGUAUCUUGUCUGCUGCGCCUGUUUUGUUUCUCCGGUUUGUGUGUGCGUGUUUGUGGGUGGGUGGGUGGAUGGGUGUGUGUGUGCACGCGCACAAGCGUCGCCUGUGUGUAAUGUAUACCCAAACGGACGAUGGCGUUGAUGGGUAAAGCGUGUAGGAUGGGAUGUGCAUAUCACAUCCCGUUUCUCGGGAGGCUAGUCUUAGCAAUGACACAAAUCUUUUAUUUUAAA